ACACCACCAACUCAACUCCCAGCGCCGGCCUGCCUCACAUCCAGCCUUGAUUUUAAAAGGCAGAUGGAGGACGGCGCUCAGGAGACACCUCCGGACUCUGUGUGGACGCCGGCUCUCCCUCCGACAGGACAGAAGACGCCGAGAGGAGCCCCCGCCACGAUGGCCGAGCGCUACGACUGCACGGAGUGCGCGGAGUCUCUGUACGGACAGAAGUACAUCCUGAGGGAGGACGACCCCUUCUGCGUGAAGUGCUUCGAGGACCUGUUCUCCAGCAACUGUGAAGUGUGCCAGAAGCCCAUCAGCUGCACCAGCAAGGAUCUGUCCUACAAGGAGCGCCACUGGCACUGCGAGUGCUUCCUCUGCGUCAAGUGCGAGCGAUCGCUGGUGGAUCGGCCCUUCGCCACCAAGGACGACGUGCCCAUGUGCAUCGAGUGCUACAGCAACGAGUACUCCUCCAAGUGCCAUGCGUGCCUCAAGACCAUCAUGCCAGGCACCAAAAAGAUGGAGCAUAGGGGCAACAGUUGGCAUGAGAAUUGUUUCACCUGCAACCGCUGCCAGCAGCCCAUGGGCACCAGGAGCUUCAUCCAGAAGGAGGCCGACCACUACUGCCUGCCCUGCUACGAGAAGCAGUUUGCCAAGCAGUGCGUCCACUGCAAGAAGCCCAUCACCACCGGAGGAGUGAACUACCGGGACCAGCCGUGGCACAAGGAGUGCUUCGUUUGCAUCGGCUGCAGGCAGCAGCUGGCCGGGCAGCGGUUCACCUCCCGGGACGACUUUGCCUACUGCCUCAACUGCUUCUGCAACCUGUUUGCCAAGAAAUGCGCCCACUGCACCACCCCGAUCAGUGGUCUCGGAGGCAGCAAGUACAUCUCGUUUGAGCAGCGCCAGUGGCACAACGACUGCUUCAACUGCAAAAAGUGCUGCGUGUCCCUGGUGGGUCGAGGUUUCCUGACGUGCAAAGACGACAUCCUCUGCCCCGACUGCGUCAAGGAGCUCUGAGCGGUCUCCGAGGCCCAAUUUAAGAAACCCCAAUGCAGAGGGCGUCGGCAGCAUUCUCCUCAACGUGUAUUGAUUUCUCAGACAUGAACCCGUUCUCACUGCUGAGGCUUUACUGCAUGUGCUGAUGACACUUGGUUGAAUACAUCCGAGUUGAAGUCUUUGUUCUCUGAAACAUUCCUAAUUGAAAUGCAAUGUCAAGUUUCCCCCCAAAAAAGUGUAUUAAAUUGUCGGUGUUGCAUCCAAAUAACCCUUUGCAAAACUAUGUAACAUUAUAUUUAGAGCAAGUUAUGUUAUUGUUCUUAACACUGUUAACAUGUUACAAUCUAAUACUACUAAUACUGUUCAUUUGAAAUACAUACAUUCUGUUUAUUGCAUAACAAAGAUUGAAAAAUCAUUAUUGGUCAGUGAUGCAAACAUUUCAAUGACUGUCCGGUUAGUAUUUUAAUCCACAUUUAUGUUACUUUGCUAAAAUGUGUGUUUUUAAAAUGUUAACAAAAUCCACAACAAAUAGCACAAAGUGUAUAUGUGUCGUAUUAAAUGGUCAAUGAAAUAGUAACUAAUUAAUUUUAGUUACUAAUUAAAGUGUGGAAUUAAUGGUAAUAAUACAAUAAACUAUUUUAAUC